GGAGCGAGGGGAUAAGGGAGAGAGAGAAACGUCGAGCGCGAGACGAAGAAGGAAGAAGGGAGAAGGACGUUCAUUACGCUCGCUCUUGGAGUCCUGCCGUGCCGAACUUGGCCGAACUAGCUGAAAACAGAUCGCCACGGCUCAUCAUCUACGCUUUUUGAUGGAGAGAGAGAGAGAGAGAGGGAUAAAAGGCGCGAUGCGCAAUAAUGUUCUUUAAAUGCUGUUUUGUGGAGAAAAGGAUGAGGAAAAAAAUGAAAUGUAGGAAGAUAGAAAGAGAGACGGGGGAUGAGAAACGGUCUGUAAAAAGACAACAGAAACUGCUAUUCUAAAUGCUUUUAAAAUCCUACUCUUUUCUCAAACAAACGUGUAAUUUCGGACUUGGAACCGGCGAAGUUACAUGUCUGACUCUGACGAAAAUACGGCAGUUUCAACUUUCAACGCUACAACGUGCACCACAGAUAGCACCACUUCGUCGACAUGUUUUUGAACAUGGCCGAGACGUCGAGCAGCGAUAAUCGAGAAAGAGAGAGACCGCAAUUCGGAACGCGAAACUUACCCGUUGACGGGAACAUCUUCGAGCACAAUGCAUGGGACAAUGUCACAUGGGAUGAAGAACAAGAGAGGCUGGCUCAACAAAAGGUGAAUGAGAAUUCCGUCGUGACGAUAUCGUCUGAAGAACUGUUAAAAUAUGAAACUGAAGCGAAUAAAUAUUGGGACAAAUUUUAUGGAAUACACUAUAAUAAGUUUUUUAAAGACAGACAUUGGUUACUAAUUGAGUUUCCAGAGUUAGCAUCUAAUACAGUGAAACAAGACACAGAAAAACCUAUGAGAGCCGCACUUACCGAACAAGAUAGGAUUUUUGGAGACAAACACAUAAAAAUUCUUGAUUUACCAUGUAAAGAUGGUUGCAGAAUAUUUGAAAUAGGCUGUGGUGUAGGAAACACUGUGUUCCCUAUACUUAUGUACAAUACAGAUCCAAAGUUGUUUGUAUAUUGUUGUGAUUUUUCUGCAAAAGCCAUUGAUAUACUGCAACAAAGUCCUGCUUAUAAUGUAAAUAGAUGUAAAGCUUUUGUUCUUGAUAUAACUCAAGAAACUUGGACGACUCCUUUUGAGCCAGAAAGUUUGGACAUUGUUGUUCUUAUAUUUGUAUUGUCUGCUAUUCAUCCUGAUAAAAUGCAAACCGUUGUGCAGCAAAUACACAAGUACCUAAAGCCAAGAGGAAUAGUUUUGUUUCGUGAUUAUGGUAGAUACGAUCAAGCCCAGUUAAGAUUUAAAAAAGGCAAAUGUCUUGGUAAAAAUUUUUAUGUACGUGGAGAUGGCACCAGAGUAUAUUUCUUUUUGCAAGAGGAAGUUAGAAAAUUAUUUAUUUCUAACGGCUUCAUCGAAGAACAGAACUUUGUUGACAGAAGACUGCAAGUUAAUAGAGGCAAACAAUUGAAAAUGUAUAGGAUAUGGGUACAAGCAAAAUAUCGAAAGGUUUCGUAAAUAGCAACUGUAUUAUUUAACGUAUUUUACUUGUUACGUGGAAAGAAAAAGUUAUGUCGAAAAAGACAUAAUGUUAAAAAACAUA